CGACCCCGCGGUCAGCGCACACAGACACAGGGAGUUGUCGACUCGGCCCUAAGUUUUUUUUCUUCUUCUUCCCGGACCGAGCAACAAACAAAAGUUGUGUGUGUUUUAUUUAUUUGUGUUUUUUGUUCUGGGUUUAUUUUAAUCUGAAGCUUUACUCGCUCUGUUUGGAAUAAAAUGCUGCUGUGUCGGUGACUCGAAAAGCCCGUGUGGAGUCAGAGAUUUGUUCAGACUGACCGACUCGUUGGUGAUUCAGAUCCUGUAGAGAUCCAUUCUGGUGACGGCGAUUCAAGGAGGUCUCAUGAUCCAGUUGCAGUCUCCUCACCGCCAUGUCUUAACACCCCAUCCUCUACACUGAAAGCCCCCUCCCUCUCUCCCUCUCCCCCUUCCCUCACCUUCCUCAUCUUUUCCCAGUCCCACUGUUCCUCACAGAGAGAUGAGUCUGAAUCAUCACCAGACCCCGGACUCUGAGCGGGAGCUUCCCUCCUCCUCCAGAAAGACGCCGAAAAAGCGCGGCAUCUCACUUCGGUCGCUUUUCCGAAGACGCCGCUUGGACCCGAAGUCUCGCAAGUCGCGAGUGCUGGCCAGCGGCUUGGACGGCAUUGCUAGCGUCGAGAGCGUCGUCCAGUCGGAAAUGCAGCAGCCGCAACAGCAGCAGGAAGUAGCGUCCACAUCCACGUCGUCCUCCGCGUCUUCUGAGUACCUGGAAUGUCCCCUGUGCCUGCUGCGCCACUCCCGAGACCGCUUCCCCGACAUCAUGACGUGUCACCACCGCUCCUGCGCCGACUGUCUCAGGCAGUACCUGCGCAUCGAGAUCUCUGAGAGCCGUGUCAACAUUAGCUGCCCCGAGUGCUCCGAGCGCUUCAACCCCCACGACAUCCGCAUGAUCCUCGGAGACCGCGCCCUCAUGGAGAAGUACGAGGAGUUCAUGCUCCGGAGGUGGCUCGCUGCUGACCCGGACUGCCGCUGGUGCCCCGCCCCUGACUGCGGGUAUGCGGUGAUAGCGUUUGGUUGUGCGAGCUGCCCCAAGAUCACGUGUGGACGUGAGGGAUGUGGAACAGAGUUCUGUUAUCACUGUAAGCAGCUGUGGCAUCCAAACCAGACGUGUGAUGCUGCCAGACAGCAGAGAGCGCAGAGCCUGAGACUGAGACCCUUUAGAUCCUCCUCACUCAGCUACAGCCAGGAGAGCGGCGCUGCAGCUGACGAUAUAAAGCCCUGCCCCCGCUGCGCUGCUUACAUCAUCAAGAUGAACGACGGGAGCUGCAAUCACAUGACCUGCGCCGUGUGCGGCUGUGAGUUCUGCUGGCUCUGCAUGAAGGAGAUCUCUGACCUGCACUACUUAAGUCCUUCGGGUUGCACGUUCUGGGGUAAGAAGCCGUGGAGUCGGAAGAAGAAGAUCCUGUGGCAGUUGGGAACGCUGGUUGGAGCGCCCAUCGGCAUUGCGCUGAUCGCAGGCAUCGCCAUCCCGGCCAUGAUCAUCGGGAUCCCGGUGUACGUGGGCAGGAAGAUUCACAGUCGCUACGAGGGAAAGGAAAUCUCCAAGCACAAGAGGAACCUGGUGAUCGCCGGCGGAGUCACGCUGUCCGUCAUCGUCUCGCCCGUAGUUGCCGCGGUAACCGUCGGUAUCGGAGUGCCCAUCAUGCUGGCGUAUGUUUACGGCGUGGUUCCGAUCUCUCUGUGCCGCAGUGGAGGGUGCGGCGUGUCGGCCGGGAACGGGAAAGGAGUGCGCAUCGAGUUCGACGAUGAAAAUGACAUGAACGUGGGGGGCGGUACAGCAGUGACCGACAGUACGUCUGUGGCUGAGACGAGGCAGAAUGCGAGUAUCGGAGGCAGCGUCGGCGGUCUGACGGGAAGCCUGAGUGCCAGCGGGAGUCACAUGGAGCGAAUCGGAGCCAUGAGGGACAACGUGAGCGAAAACGCCAGCACCAUGGCACUGACAGGAAGUCUGUCAGGCAGCACCGUGGGCCACUGCUUUAACAGGCUGGAGGUUCAGGCUGAUGUACAGAAGGAGCGCUGCAGUUUGAGCGGAGAGUCCGGCACGGUUAGUUUGGGGACAAUCAGUGACAACGCAAGUACCAAAGCCAUGGCUGGAUCCAUCCUCAAUGCCUACAUGCCUCUGGACAGAGAGGGCAGCAGUAUGGAGGUGCAGGUGGAUGUGGAGUCUAAACUGGGGAAGCUGAGACACCACAGCGGGAGCAGCAGCAUGGAGGAGGGCAGCACCGGGGGCCGCGGCGUCUGCCCCUCCACCUGCCCCCACGAGGGCAAAUACGGCUCUGGGAAGAAGAGCAAAGGAAAGAUGCGUAAGAAGACGGGCACCAAGAUCAACGAGACACGUGAGGACAUGGAUGCUCAGCUGCUGGAGCAGCGCAGCACCAACUCCAGCGAGUUCGACUCUCCGUCUCUGAGCGGCAGCCUGCCCUCCGUCGCCGACUCGCACUGCAGCCACUUCUCCGAGUUCAGCUGCUCCGACCUCGACGCCUCCCGACCCCCCAACGCCAUCAGCCCACUUCCCGAGGUGGAGAACGACCGGCUGGAGAACGGCCCCGCCCCCCGGCCGCUCUGCUCCGCCCCCCUCAGCCCGGAGAGCUCUCCUAAAGAACGCAAUAACAACACGGCUCCUCCUCCUCAGCCGAGCACGCCGGCGCGCAAUGUCUGUAUUCAAACUGAGAUUUAGCGCUUGAGCUAACCCGACGCUAGCUUUCGACCCUAACCCCGAGGUUGCACAUGCACACGCACAGACACUCUCUCACACACACACACACACACACACACACGCACACACACUCUUACAGGUUACAUAAAAAAAAUAUUAAAAAAGACUCCAAAAGUCUUCACUUAGUCAUUUUCAGGUGUGAUGAAGAUGAUGAUGAUGGGCAGGUGUUACAGCAGGUGACUGACAGAUGCGGAUGUGAUGAUGAUGAUGAUGAUGAUGAUGUAGCUGUCGAUCACUUCAAUGCCUCUGGUUCAGCUGUGGCUGAGGGUUCGGGCCGAGCCUCAUGUCCAGAGCGUGUGCCGAUAUUCAGAACUCCACUUACUUUCUUCAGUUACACACACACACACACACACACACACACACACACACACACACACACGGUUAUACGGAACAACAAUCGGAUUCCAUCCCAAAGUAUUAUUUAUGACUGUUGUCAUAACAGAAAGUGUUCCCUUUGAACUACAUGUAUUAAACCCCGCCGGCCAAUUGAGCGUUAUUUCUGCCACUGAUGUGUGAGAUGUAUUUUAAUUCUGUUCUGGUUAACGUUAAACACCAUCCUCUUUAGAAAAACAGGUUCCUCAGGGGUUUCCUCAUGGGUUUCUCGUGGGUUCCUCAGAGGUUCCUCAAGGGUUUUUCAGGGUUUCCUCAUGGGUUCCUCGUGGGUUCCACAAGGGUUCCUGAGAGGUUCCACCUGGAUCACUUUCUGAUGAGGAAACAAACCCUAAGAACUUACACUCACUCUUUUUCUCUCUGUUACUCAUCUGAUCUCAAUAUCAUCCCUGUUAGGUAUACUGUGACGCAUCACUGAUUAUCGGCACAUGUGGACACACACACACACACACACACACUGAGAUUUACAGGCCUGGUUCUAUCUGUGGUUGGAGGCUUUUUUUUUUCUUAGUGACUUUAUUUGAGGAGAGUGUGAGAUGUUCUGGAGAUGUUCUGGAGAUGUUCUGGAGAUGUUCUGGAGAUGUUCUGGAGAUGUUCUGGAGAUGUUCUGGAGAUGUGGUGUUUCCUCAGAGGGACCAGCAGGAGAUUGAGAGCAGAUGGUGUUUUGUUUUUUUUCUUGUUCUGUAACAGUAAUUUUUAUUGUAAAUGAUGAUAUAUAUUUUCCUUUUCUUGUUGAAGGUAUGGUUCUUUUCGUUUCAUGUUUUCUCUUUUAUUUUCCAUUUUGGGAAAGGAUGUUCAGUGUCGAAGCCCUGUGUGGGGGUCUAAACUUUCAACACAAACCCGUCUGAGAUCGGAUCAGGACUGAGCGAUGACGCAGAAUCGGUCACUGGAUCAUCAAUCAGUUCCAAAGUUAAACAUCGAAUCAUUUCUCUGGUCAGUUUUGGACAGAACUGAUGAUGAGGGGAGUGUGUGUGUGUGUGUGUGUGUGUGCGCUUGUGUGAGUGAGUGUGUGUUGCUGCAUCACUCGGUCCUCAUGUGGAAUCGGUUCAUUUAUUUGCUAAACACUGAUUUGAUCCGAUCGAUCAGAAGGAUCCGCUUUACUCCCUGUGGUUAAGACUCUUAAGGCUAUGAUGGUAAACACACACACACACACACACACACACACACACAGGUUCAGGUGGAACACGAUUAAUACGUGGUUCUGGGUCCGUACCCGUUUGGACUCAUGGUGCCUUUUGGAUUUAAACAAGAAGCUGUUUGAGUUUCUUCUCGUUCCUCCAUUCUGUGUCUUUCAGAAUUAAAAAUAAAAAGAGAAUCAAACCCAGCUCAAGUGCA